UCUCAGUUUUUAAUGCAACUUAUAAACAGUCUUGUUAUUACCUUAUUUCUGAGUGUACAUGUUCCACACAUGGUCUACUGAUCAUGGAAUCGAAUGAGACGGUAUAUCAACAUACUUAACUACAUCAUAAUUCAUUAUUUUUUUUAGUCUAAUUAUUCUUAACUGCAGCUCCAAGGAAUGCAUUUAAUGAACACAUAAUUGUGAGAGAAAUACCAGCCAUGUUUAAUCGCGUCAUCUCAAGCUUGCGUAUGAACCAGAUUACAGUUGCUUCACGUGUUCCUCAGACAAUGGUGUAAAGAUAUUCAAUGUAGAGCCCUUGGCUAUAAAACUUUACUUGGGACGUGAUGUAGUGGGAAGUGUUGCAAGCACAGAGAUGCUUUUCAGGUCCAACUUGUUGGCUGUUGUUGGUGGAGGCAUGUCAUCUAAGUUUGAUGAAAAGGCUGUGAUUAUCUGGGACGAGUCCAAGCCAGCAUCAGAAAAAAUCCUGCUGGACAUUACCUUUGCACAGCCUAUCCUGGCUGUCAGAAUGCUGAAAGAGAAACUGGUGGUUGUGCUGAGGCAGGAGAUUCACAUUUUCUCGUUCCCUUCAAAAAUUGAAAGACUGCAUACUAUUGAUACCAAAGAUAAUCCUAGAGGGCUGUGUGAAGUCAGUGCCUUUGGUGCUAUGAUGGUGUUUCCAGCCGUUAACCGUGGUCAUGUACAGCUAGUGAAUCUAGAAAAUAUUCACCCUGGUCAGACAGCAUCACCUGUCAUUAUCAGUGCUCACAAGAGUGACAUUGCAUGUGUUGCCAUCAGUCAGUGUGGCUCUUUUAUAGCCACUGCAUCUGUCAAAGGCACUCUUAUUCGUGUAUUUGAUGCAGCAACACGUAAACUUAUUGUUGAACUUCGGAGGGGAGCAGACACAGCUAUGUUCUACUGUAUCUCUUUUUCACCUGAUGCCUCUUUUCUGUGUGCAUCAAGUGAUAAAGGAACUGUACACAUUUUUGCUGUGAAGGACACAACCUUAAACAGACGUUCCACAUUCAAAAGCAUGGGUUUCCUAGGCCCAUAUGUUGAAUCACAGUGGGGCCUGGCAAAUUUCACUGUUAGCUCUGAGUGUCCAUGUGUCUGUGCAUUCACAGACAAUCAGACUGUUGUUGCUGCUUGCGUUGAUGGCACAUUUCAUAAGUAUGUCUUCACAAUGGAUGGGAACUGCAACCGUGAUUCCUUUGAUGUGUUCCUGGAGAUGGGGGAGGACAUGGACUGAUUGUACAAAUGGACUGAGGACUUCAAAGUCCAUAUCAUCAAAUCUUGUUUCUGUUCUACCAACUGUUUGGAAUCUUGUUGAUUUAAGCAAUAUAUCAAUGAUAGUUCUUGUGAUGGGGUGAAAAGAACCAUUUUGAGUAAACUUAGAUUCCUUAUGUUAUGCAUGAAUGAAUAAAAAUAUUUUAAAAAUGGA